AUGGAUGGAUCAACCUCUCCAAUUACUGAUACCAAUAUUAUCAAUAACACUACUACUAACUUCCCUUCAAAUUCAUCACAUCCUUAUGACUCGGUAACUCCACCACAGCAACAACCACCUUCAUUCAAUCAAAAUAUCAAUCAAAAAGGUUACAGAACAUCAGUGCCACCACCACAAUCUCAACCAUCUGUUUAUAAUUAUUUCGAAAAUCAAAAAACAAUGAUGAACAAAUUAAAUAACUCGGAAGAGCCAUAUGAGAUGCAAAUUGAUGACAAUAAAAUGAAAACGGGUUCUGGUUUACUUAACUUUGAAACUAUUUUAGAUCUAGGAAUUUAUAACAUAUCUUAUAACAAUCGUAGAUAA